UAUCCAACGGAGGAGCCCAACCGCCUCGUCGGGUUCAGUGAUAUCCAUGGCGACGAGCGAGAAGUCAGACCAGGACCGAGAGCCCAAAUCUAAAACCCCAAUUCUUGCUUCACCCGAUCGGGGUUAGGGUUUUGGAAGCAAAGAACGAUCUCGUGGAAGUCUGAGCCAUGGCAUUCAUCAGCAAGGUGGGGAACAUUCUAAGGCAGACUGUGAGCAAGCAUGCGGACUCAGCUGCUCAUUGUCCAUCUAUGUACCAGGCUAUAAGGUGCAUGUCCUCGAAGCUUUUCAUUGGAGGUCUAUCGUAUAGCACCGACGAUAUGAGUCUCAGAGAAGCUUUUGCAGGAUAUGGGGAGAUAAUUGAAGCUAGAGUAAUCAUGGACCGUGAAAGUGGAAGGUCUAGAGGUUUCGCUUUUGUCAGUUUUGCUUCUAGCGAUGAGGCCUCCAAUGCAAUCGAGGGCAUGAACGGACAGGAUCUUCAUGGCCGAAAGAUAAGAGUGGAUUAUGCCGUAGAGAAAUCUCGUGGAGGAUUUGGCGGUCCUGGUUUUCGACAGGGUGGCGGUGAAUUUGGUAAUGUGGGUAAUUUCGGCAGUGGAGGUUAUGGAGGAGGCGGCGGCGGAUAUGGUUAUGGAGGAGGCGGCGGGGGGUAUGGUUAUGGACAAGGAGGGGACGGCUACAAUGCCGGAACUGGUGGACAUGGCGGUCGCAGUAGUUAUCGUGGUGGUAGCUACAGUGGUGGCAGCAAUUUCGAAGGUGGAAACAGUGGUGAUUUUGGUGCUGACAGUAGGGGAGACUUCAGUGUUUCUGGUGGUGCCAAUGGUAGUGACUUCUUUCCUAGUGAUAAUGCUGGGGCAGAAACAUUGGAAGACAAUCCUAAGGGCGAUGACAAUGAACCCAAUAGUUAUGCCAACACCAAAGUCUGAUCAAAAGCCAUAUCUUAACAGCAUAUCUCAAUGAAGUAGACAGCCAAGGGGCGGGAGGAUGAGUCAGAGUGUAAAGCUCAAAAGGUGUUCUUUGUUCUCUUGCUUUUGUGUUCUGCUUUCUGCUUGAAGACAAUGAUGACUAUAAUUCUGUCAUGGCCUGUUGUUGAUGUCUCAUCUCAUGUCUGUGGAAUAAUGCUAAAAAGCAUUGUUUGCCCGGGGAAUUGUGCUCUAACUGCAAAUGUAGAAGUCAAGAUUUGAGCCCCUUCCACCCUUUUGGGGUCCUAAUCUCCAUGCUUUUAGAUACUGGUGGGCAGAGAUCAUGUUUUGCUAGGAUAUAUAAUCUAGCAUGGUGAUCACAGUGCUCACUUUUUGGG